CCCCCUGACCCCUGACCCCUCCCCUGCUCGCCGCGCGCCACUCGGUUCCCAAACCCUGUCCUUCAAGGGCAUCAAGGGGAAAAAGUACAUAGAGACACGAAUAUCAAUUGCACAUGGCUUGUGUAGAGAUGUUGUUUACGCAUCUUAUUACCUGUGAAUGGAGGGAUGAUGUGGGGGGAGAUGCUCUCCAUUGCUGUUCACUCUCCCCCCGCCACCUCAUCGUCUGUUCUUUGCCACCAGACGGGAGGCUGCGAGGGCUGGGCGAGAUGACGAGCCCGGUCACGUCGGGCAAGGUGACCGUGGUGACCAUGGUGACCGUGGUGGCCAAGUCGGUGAGGUCGAUCACGUCGGGCAAGGUGACCGUGGUGACCAUGGUGACCGUGGUGGCCAAGUCGGUGAGGUCGAUCACGUCGGGCAAGGUGACCGUGGUGACCAUGGUGACCGUGGUGGCCAAGUCGGUGAGGUCGAUCACGUCGGGCAAGGUGACCGUGGUGACCAUGGUGACCGUGGUGGCCAAGUCGGUGAGGUCGAUCACGUCGGGCAAGGUGACCGUGGUGACCAUGGUGACCGUGGUGGCCAAGUCGGUGAGGUCGAUCACGUCGGGCAAGGUGACCGUGGUGACCAUGGUGACCGUGGUGGCCAAGUCGGUGAGGUCGAUCACGUCGGGCAAGGUGACCGUGGUGACCAUGGUGACCGUGGUGGCCAAGUCGGUGAGGUCGAUCACGUCGGGCAAGGUGACCGUGGUGACCAUGGUGACCGUGGUGGCCAAGUCGGUGAGGUCGAUCACGUCGGGCAAGGUGACAAGCCCGCCCAACCAUCGCAGCCACUCCACCCUCCCCUCGGUGGACAACAUCAUCGAGAUGCUCAAGGACGCAGCCGCUGCCAACAGGCUGGACGAGCUACUGAUGCAGCCAGCAGACGAACUGCUUGCUUGCAUCGCGGCACCGAUGAGCCCCUGUCACUGUGUGGUCAUCCACGACAAGGGCUCCAACGUCCUCGCCGCCCGCGCCUGGGCCAUCAAAAGCCUCGCUGCCUUUUACACACAUCGCUGGGUCGAUACCCUCAACUUUCGCCUCAAGGCCGGUGAGUACAACUGGAGCGAGGCCGUGCCGUACGAGGCCCUCUCCUUUGAGCCGCCGUCCAAACACGUUCCCCGUCUCCACGCCCUCCUCGCCUUCUUUGCUCACACCGCCGCGGGCUACAUCAACUCAGUGGCUGCCACCGAAUCAUCGCCCGGCGCAGACGCUGCUGCGCGCCCUGCUGCUACUGCUGCUCCCGAGCAGCACGUCGAUCCCGCCACCCUCCCUAGCUUGGACGGCCCGUUCGACGCCGCCACAUGGGGCGCCGCCGCCUUUGACCCACUUGUCGCCGUCUACGGCCGUGACGGACGAACAACGCGUCCGCCCAACGCCGGCCUCACCCUCCAGGUCAUGUCGCCGAUCAUGUUCCCCGGGAAACCCAAGAUCGAGGGCCACUUCCUCUACCUCUGGGGCAAAGUCUACGUCCAGCUCCGCGAGUACGCCAUGGCCAUCCGCUUCUUCAACCUCGUCCUCUGCUUCUGUCCGCGUCUGCUCAUGGCCCACUCGCGCCGUGGCUUCUGCCACUCGCGCUCGGGCAUGUACGACCACGCCAUCGCCGAUUGCUCCGCCGGCAUAGCCGUUGCCGACCCACGCCACGUCUACAUCCGGUCCAUCCUCCACUACAACCUCGGCAUCGGCUUCCAGAACGUCUCCCGCCGCGAGGACUCCCUCGCCUCGUACGACACCGCCAUCGCCCUCGCCCCAGACAUGGUCGACGCCUACUGCAACCGCGCCAUUACCGCAGAGCUCCUUCACCGCUACGCUGCAACACGCGCAGACUACACCACCGCCCUCGAACUCGACCCCUACGACCGCGGCGUCCUCCUCUGGCGCGCAGAGAUGUACCGCGACGUCGGCGACGCAGACCGCGCCAUCGCAGACGUCCUCCACGCCUUUUCCCUCAACUCGGCCUUUGUCUACCGCGACCUCUACGCCUUUCGUGCCUUCUCCAUGCGCCAGCCGUCUCUCCUCGCCUCGCCGCUCCCCUCGCUCGUCGCCGAGCUUGUAGACGCUGCCGUCAAGCAUCCAGUCACGCACGUCGAGCUCUGGAACGCUGUCUUGGCCGCUCUCCGGACAGACUCGCCCGAGUCCUCGCCGCUUCCGUCAGCCCUCGUCGAAGCCCUUCUCGUCGCCGCUCCGCGUGCCCUCGUCGAGGCUCGCGCAGGCGCUGGUCGCGCUCUCGUCCUCAAAGUUCUCAAGCUCGCCUGCGCGGUCGGGGUGCUCAAGCUCUCGGCCCGCCUCCUUGCCCUCCUCGCCGGUGCCGUCCUCCUCGAGCCGCUUGGCGGUCUCAAGCUCAACAUCGCCGGUCUCUUUGUCUCACUCCUUCUCCGCGAGCCGGCCGCCGAGGAGCUACCAUACUCGCCCAAAGACAUCGCGAGCUCGCGGACGCUCGAGUCGACCGUCGACCGGCUCGGCGUGUCAUGGCUCCGCCGGCUGGCCGAGCUCGACGAGAACAAUGGUGAGGUUCCCGACGGCGCGUCGCCUGCAGCGUACCAACUCUGUGACUGCGAUGAUGCCAACUGCCGCGCGCCAGGUAUCGGCGCCGUCCACGCUCUCCUCCACGACUGGACGCCGUCGCACUGGCGCCUCUUCCGCGGCACGUACCUGGAGCGGUGGGCGCCUGUCGUUGUCGCCACCCUCAUGGAGGCUCCCGGCUCGGAGCUGACCACCCCGCACAACCACUGCUACACCUGCGGCUCAUCGACUCAUCGCACCUUUAUGUGCGCCACCUGCCCGUACUGCACCCUCCAUCCAUGGCGUGGCGUGGACGACAUGACCUCCACCUCUGAGGACGGCUCAUCGUCUGACAUCCCCAUGCUGUGGUGCACCGAUGUGCCGAUCGCCCUCGUCACCGACUCGGUCUCGAUCGACGCAACCGCCGUGCCUGACAUCCUCUACGCUCGGCACGCCCAGCUGGCCAACCUGUUUGUGGGCGCCGCCGCGCCGACUUGCUGGACCCCGUUCUCCAAACGCAUCGCCUCGUGGUCGCUCGUCACCGCCGUCCUCGUCACCCCACAGGCCUACUGCUCGUCCACGGCGCUCGUAGGCCUCGUUCGCAACAUCACUGACGAGCUCAGGUCGCGGACGCCCAGGACCAUGCUUAUCGGCGUCAUCGUCUUGCAGGUCCUCCUCUCGCGUCCGAUCAACAGGAACAUCCGGCUGCACCGGGCGCUUAUACGCACCCUCGUCGAAACCAACUUUAUCACCGACCUCUUUGACCCGGUCUACACCCGCUUCAACCUCGCCCUCGAGAAUCUCAUUGCCUUUUACGAGUCGGUCGAUCACGCCGCUGCCAUCCAGGGCCUCGCCCCGCCCGCGGUCGACGCCGACAUCGACCUCGUUGCCGCUUUUGAGCUUGGUCUCCUCUCCAUCACCACCAACCUCUCCCGCUGCGAUGUCAGCGAUCCCGCCCUCCGUCACUCGUUCUGGGCCGCCCAUUGA